AUGUCUGUAAAAGAAACAAUAAUGCCAUUUCAUGUCCUUGCAGAAAAAGAGAUAAUCUUUGGAAAUUAUCCAUUUCCCUCUUUUUUCCUCCUCUUUUUCUUCCUCUAUUUUUUUUUUACUUCUUUUUUGCUCUCUUUUUUCUUCAUUUUUUCCUACUUUUCCUUUUUCUUCCCUUUUUUCCUCUUAUAUGUCUUUUCUUCUUUUUCUCUCUUAAUUCUUUUUUUUACCUUUCCCUCUUUUUCUCUUCUUCUUGUUCUUUUACCUCUUUUUCUUGUUCUUUUACCUCUUUUUCUCUUCUUCUUGUUCUUUUACCUCUUUUUCUCUUCUUCUUUUUCUUCCUUUUUUUUAUUAUUUCCAUCUCCUUUUAACUAUUGUCUAUUUUUACCUCCAUGUGACAAAAUUAUAAUUCUCUCUCUCUUGCUCAGUUUCUGUUUUAGAUUGAUUUUCAUUUUGGCUAUUUCUUUCUCUCUCUCUCUCACCUCCUCAUUCUCUUUCUCUCUUAACCUUACUGUAUUGACUAUUACUCUCUCUCUCUUUGACUAUUACUCUCUCUGCAUCUUAAAACUUCUCUCUAUUUCUCUUUUUCUCCUCAACUUGAAUCUUCCUUUUUCUAUUUUCUCUCUUCUGUCUGUCUGUCUUUCUCAUUUGCUGUGUAAUUCUCUUCACUCUAUCGUUCCCUAUUUCUCUCUUUCUCCUCAACUGAAAUGUUCUCUUUAUCUAACUUUAACCUUUUCUCUCUCAUCCAUUAUUUCUCCGCAACUUGAAUGUCUCUUUUGUUUACUAUUUCUCUUACCAUCUCUGCCAGAUUCAUCUAUUUUCUUUAUUUUUCAGUGA